GAUGGGGGUCAGUUCUUUCUGGGACCUCACAGAUAAACAAGGGAUAUCAUGGCGGGCCGAGCCAUCCUCUGGGGUCUCCUGUGGUCUCUUUGUGUCCUGGUUGUGAGCUGCUCAGAAGUCGAGGGCCGCCUGGUAGAUAAACUUGCCCAGAACUACUCCAAGACAAUCCUGCCCGUCCGCAGCGUCGACGACAGAGUCCCCGUCCGCAUCGGGAUGUCGCUCUCACAGCUGAUCAGCCUGGCAGAGAAAGACGAGGAACUGACAACCAAAGUCUAUUUGGAUCUGACAUGGACCGACUACCGCCUCGUCUGGGACCCCGAUGACUAUGACGGCAUCACCUCCGUCAGGCUUUUCUCGGACGAGGUCUGGCUCCCGGAUAUCGUCCUAAUGAACAACAACGACGGCAACUUUGACAUUGCGCUGUCAAUCAACGUCCUGGUGAAUCACAAAGGAGUCGUCCGGUGGCAGCCGCCAGCCAUUUACAAGAGCAGUUGCAGUAUCCAGGUAACCUACUUCCCCUUCGACUGGCAAAACUGCACGAUGGUUUUCCGCUCAUACACUUACGACACCUCGGAAAUCACCCUUCUCCACCCAGUCGGUGAGGACGGGUUGGAGGUGAAGGAAAUUAUCAUCUACGAAAACACAUUUAUCGACAACGGGCAGUGGGAGAUCCGGCACAAACCGUCCCGCAAGAACAGCCUCCCGGGAGACCCCCUGUAUGAGGACAUCACUUUCUACCUCAUCAUUCGAAGGAAGCCCCUCUUCUACCUCAUCAACGUCAUUAUCCCUUGCAUCUUGAUUACCAUCCUGGCCAUCUUUGUCUUCUAUCUCCCGCCGGAUGCUGGCGAGAAGAUGACCCUCUCCAUCUUUGCUCUCCUCACUCUCACCGUCUUCCUCCUCCUGCUGGCCGACAAGGUUCCAGAAACAUCCUUGGCGGUGCCCAUCAUUGUGAAAUACCUCAUGUUCACCAUGAGUCUCGUGACUUUGUCCGUCAUCCUCAGUGUGGUCGUCCUCAACUUGCACCAUCGCUCACCCAACACCCAUGAGAUGCCCUUCUGGGUGCGACAGACCUUCAUCCACACGCUCCCCCGGUAUUUGGGCUUGCGGCGCCCCAAGACAGAGACGCUCUUGAAACCUGCGCCCCCACACCCCAAACAAGAUACCGUGGUGAAAAGCAACCGCCGGACGGACGAAUAUUUUAUCCGCACCCCUGCCUACGAUUUCCUGUUCCCCAAACCCAACAGGUUCCAGCCAGAGGCAUUCCCCACGGAUAUGAAGAAGUACAUUGACGGCCCCAGUCACUUCAUCGCGCUCCCGCCAGACUUGAAGGCCGCCAUGGACUCCAUCACCUACAUAGCAGAGCAGCUCCAGGAGCAGGAUGACUAUGAUGAGCUGAAGAAGGACUGGGAGUACGUCGCCAUCGUGGUGGACCGCCUCUUCUUCUGGACCUUCAUCAUCUUCACCACGCUGGGCACCUUCAGCAUCUUCCUGGACGCGAGUUUCCACCUGCCCCCUGACCAGCCCUUCCCCUGAGCCCACGGCCUCCUUUGCCCAAC